UCGGAAAAGAGAUUACGGUGAUUAAACUCAAAAAGACUGCUACCAACAACCAAAUCCCCAGACACCCUCAACUCUGAGGCCUGGAAAACAUGAUGAAAGCUUGUCCCAAACACUCAAUCUUGACCCACCAAGCCCUCAUGCCAUCACUCUCAUUCUCCCCAUCACGACUUAUCCAAUUCCAUUCCAAACCCUUGAAUUGCAGAACCCUAAAUUCAAGCUCCCUCGACAACCCCUCAAAUCCCACAGAAGUAGAAGUGAAACUGAGGCUCCCAAACUCCCACUCCCACCAAACCCUCACAACCCUCCUUUCCCAAUUCCACACCCAAACCCAUCUCCAAGAAAACAUCUUUUUUGAUGGGCUCAACUCAGAACUCACCUCAAGCCUCUCUGUCCUCCGUCUCAGAUUCUACAAUCAAGAUUCCAAAUGUGUUAUCUCUUUGAAAUCUAAGCCCAGAAUCUCUUCUGGGAUUAGUCGGGUUUUCGAGGAUGAAGAGCCUAUUGAUUCUUCCAUUGGAAGGUCGUGUGUGGCUGAGCCUGGGAGGCUGUUGUUGAUUGAUGAAUUGAGGAUUGUGAAGAGGGUCAGGGAGGAAUUUGGGGUUGAGGGGCUGGUUUGUUUGGGUGGGUUUAAGAAUGUGAGAAGGGUUUAUGAUUGGAAUGGGUUGAAAUUGGAGGUUGAUGAAACAAUGUAUGAUUUUGGGACUUGUUAUGAAGUGGAGUGUGAGAGUGUGGAGCCUGAAAAAGCUAAGAAGUUGAUGGAGGAGUUGUUGAGGAGGAAUGGGAUUGAGUAUUGUUAUUCCCAGGUUUCGAAGUUUGCAACUUUUGUUUCAAGAAAGCUUCCCAAGUAGUCUUGUGUAGGUAGGAAGUAUGGUGAUUUAUAGAUAAUGAAUGAAUGUUUGUUGAGAGGAUUUGGUUUAUGAUUAAAUCUUUGAAAGCUUGCAUUUUUCGUGUUUUGUAGUGUUGAAAUUACUGUAAAGUUAUGUGGUUAUGGAUCUGUGUAAUAAAGAAAUGAUGGUUUAAAGGA